AUGCGCCCCACAGUUAGCGCCGUCCUCCGCGCCAUCGCACCCAGCCUCCGCUCCCGGUCUAUUACAACUUCAUCUAUCCUAUCCUCUCCCAGCAGCAAGAAUGCCCAAACCGCCAACACAACGAUCGACUCCGCAAACCGUGGUAGUAGCUCGAUUCCCAGGGCCAGCGUCAAGCCCAAGGUCUACAACUCGAACAUCUGGGGCUCUGGCUCCGAUCCUGGCAGUCAGCUCACAAAGGACCAGAAGGAGGAGGACGAACAUAACCGCUACUUUGCCAAGAACCAGAGAUCAGGAAACAAAGAGAAAGUGGACGACAACUUCUGGAAGGAGCACUCCAAAGACUGA